UCUUUUCUUCAACGUUAUCAUUUUCAACAUCUUUUUUGUUUUCCAUCUCUCUUAUUCUCGCUCUUUCUCUCUCUCUCUUUCUCUCUCUCUCUACUGAAAGUAGCGUAGUGUUUUAAUAGUAGCGUGAAGCAGAAGUUUGGUAUAAUAGUAGUAGUAUCUGUGUCUUUCCUUGAGAUUAGCAAAGCUUGCAGCUUUAAGUCGUUGUCUGAAAAUAGUAGUAGUAGUACUCACGAAAAUGGGAACGAAAGAACAGAAAGAUCAGAAUGAUAACGCUAAGGUUGAAGCUGUUCUUCAACUUCUCAGAAAACAGGCUCCUCUUACUGUCAAACAGGAGAAGUUUUGCAACAACGCUUGCGUGGAGAGGUUUUUGAAAACAAAAGGUGAUAGUGUUAAGAAAGCAGCGAAGCAACUAAGGGCUUGUCUUUCUUGGAGAGAGAGUAUAGGAACUGAGCAUUUGAUAGCAGAUGAGUUCUCAGCUGAGCUUGCUGAAGGAGUUGCUUAUGUUGCUGGUCAUGAUGAUGAUUCUAGGCCUGUUCUGAUUUUCCGGAUCAAACAAGAUUAUCAGAAGUUCCACUCGCAGAAACUGUUUAUUCGUUUACUGGUAUUUACACUGGAAGUGGCCAUUGGAACAAUGCCAAAGAACGUCGAACAACUUGUAAUCCUUUUCGAUGCCAGCUUUUUCAGGUCAGCCUCAGCUUUUAUGAAUUUAUUACUGGCAGCAUUGAAAGUAGUCGGCGAGUACUACCCAGGAAGGCUUUUCAAGGCUUUUGUCAUUGAUCCUCCCUCUCUCUUCUCCUAUCUUUGGAAGGGCGUUCGACCGUUUGUUGAAUUAUCAACGGCAACGAUGGUAGUGUCGUCCUUAGACUUUGAGGAGUCAUUGGAUUUCAACGACUUCUCUGCUUAUCCGCGAGCCUCGUCCCUACGAUUUGAUUCUGCGUCAAUAAGAUCAACGGCUAAGGUUGGGUCUUGUGCGUCGUCACGAUUCUCGUUCACUGUUUCCCACCACUUCGACUCGCUCAAGCCAUGGUACCUGAGCUUGACGGACACGUCAGCUUCCAAAGUGGGGCCGACAAGUCCAUCGCCUUUGGGACCCGCACUCAUCUCGCCGCUUAAUGCGCGUUCACUCUCCUUCGCGUCACCGGCUGCAAGAACGCCACGUGGGGGAUUCUAUGGCGGUAACAAUUCCAGGACCACGAGGAAGAGCCUGUUCCCGUCGACUCCUUUGCCACAGCGGAGCACCACGGGAGGUGACUGUAGCAGAACCCCUCACCCGCGGACCCCACGUCCCUCGUUCCUUCAAUCGCCAGCUUUUUUCUUUCGCAAGGAUAGCCACGUCAGCAGGACCGACAAAUCUCGUGAGUGUUUCCUGCCAUUUUUGAAGUUCUACAGAAGGCCCUACGAUGAGAUGAUUUACAGGUCAAAGAUGAGGCCCCCACUGGGUGGUCUAAUCUCCAUCGUCUCCCCCCAUCUGAAACGCCGCCACGUGUCAGUAUCGCAACGGUUCUGAACAAGCCCCCAUUUUUCAAUCGAGAAAAAAAAAAAAAGAGUAAAAAAAAAAAAAUUGAGUACAUAUAUUAAAUUAACGAGGUCAUGAAUUUACUGCUAAUAAUUGUUUAAUUAUUUCCUUAGUUCAAAGUCUUGCAUUGAAUAUCCAGACCAAGAACAUGAAACCCAAAAAAAAAAAAAAAAAAAUUAGAGACACCGUGCUAGGCAAGGUGUGAGAUGGUGUGCACCAUUUUUUAAUUGAGAGAAAAAAAAGUCUACGUUUUGGGUUUUGGAAGGCAAAAGUAUUGGAAGAAAGAUAGCGUGGUCGAGACGGUGAACAUUUUGCAUUGGAAUUCAUAUGGUGGGAAACAAACCAAAGAAAAAUGAAAAAUCCACCAAACAAAAACCAAAGCGUUGAAAAAAGGAAAAGAUCUCUGCUCCAAAUUCAAAUUUCAUUUACAUAUAUAAAAUAUAUUAUAUUUCUUCGUACUGUGAAAAAAAAGUUUCUUUCUUUAUUUUUUUUCUUCUUAUUUGGGAACUAUUUGGUUGGACUUAGACUGUAAUAAGAAAAACCCCGGUUUGAAAACUUUCAUUAUUUUUGUAUUCUUCUUCUUGUAAUAGUUAAUAAGUUUACUAUUA